CAAGGAGCAAAGUGGCUGGUUGGCUCUGAGAUGUUUUAAGAAGCCAUGACGGUCACCUCAGCCAAUACCACGAUAGAGAUCUAUAACGAUAUCCGUGGCAAGAGUCUUGCCCCUCUUGCUGAUACAAUAGUGAAGCUGAGGUGGGAACUGAACAAGAAGGGAGUGCCCAUGUGGCCUCCUUCUGCGGUGGAAGAAAGAGAGGACAUGGAGGGUUUGCCAAGCUUCGAUGCUUGGGUGGCAACGCCACUUGAAGAGAAGGCUGAACCAUCAAGUACCCCACUAACCUCUCAGCCUACCACUGCUCCAGCUCAUUCUUCUUUAACACAACCAUCUCUUGCUCAGGCUUCCCUUAAUCAUGCUGAUGCGUCUACUCCAAUAAAUUUGACAAACGAUUAGGAUUUUAUGUUUUGCUUCCUUCUGAAUUUUUUGUGAUGGUACUUUGGUAUUUUGGACAAUUUUCAUAUCUUUUCUUGUACUACAAACGAUGAUUUGUAAGAAAUAUAAUUAGAGAGAUAUUUUUUUGAAAUGUAUCGUGUUUCAUUUGCAUUUCAAUCACACACUAUACAUCUUCUCAACACGUUAAAUAAUAAUACAAAUGAACUGUAGUACUUCUU